AACACAUCAACUGUCAGUGUCAAAAAACGUAAAUAAUUUAGAAAUUGUGUUUUCUAGCGUAAAUAACAAUAUUAUGCAAUAAACAUGGCUAAAUUCAGCCUUAAAGAUAGCGACGAAUACUAUUUAGCGCUUUCAGAACAACCGAAGAGAUUUGACGCUGAUAGCCCGGUAACAAAUGUGUUUUUCGAUGAUACCAAUGGACAGGUUUUUACAGUCCGAUCCGGGGGCGUUACAGGCGUCACGGUCAGCGGAAUGGACGAAUCCAAAUCAACAUCCUUCAGAAUGGAAGACAGAGGUCCCAUAAUCUCAAUAAAAUUUUCGCCAGAUCAUAAUAUUCUGGCUAUUCAAAGAAAUCUAGAUAAUCAGAAUGCGAAUGUUGAAUUCGUGAAUUUCAAAGACUUGGUUCCUACGAAUGUUGAAUAUUCGCAUACUUGCAAGUGGAAGAAUGCUAAAAUACUGGGGUUUGUGUGGCCGAGGGUCAAUGAGAUAGCCUUCAUUACAGACCAUGGAAUUGAGCUGUUGCAAGUUUUUCCAGAGAAGAAACAGUUGAAGAGCCUGAAAAGUACUUCAUUUAGUGGGGCCUGGUUCUCAUGGUGCGCCCAGAGCAACAUAGUUCUCUUGGCAGGAAACAAUGGAGCCCUGCUGCAGCCUUUUGCAUUGAACAACUCCACCAUCAGCAAGCUGCAGAAAUUGGAAUUGGACAAGCCUGUAGUGGAACGUGACGUGAUGUUACUACGGCUGUGUGGCGCCACCUGGUGUGCAGUGUUCAGGCAUGCAAGCAGCGCCUCUGUUGUCGCGCCAGGACCCACUGAGUUGUGGCUGCUACCCGUAACUGGUGGGGGACAGACGAGGAUUCUACGAACAGGACUCGCGGGGCGCUUCGCCGUCAGUGUGCUGGACAACCUCGUUGCGGUACACCAUCAGUCAAGCCAAACCUCUCAAAUAUUCGACAUCAUGGAGGAAGCCAAAUCAGAGCCCCAAGCAACUGUUCACAUCCCUGUGGUACCGGCGCACACUAUGCGGCCCGCUUACGUCGACGGACAACUAUGUCCGAUGUAUUCAGGCAACUGGGUGGUGUUCCAACCGGACUACAUCAUCGAUGCGCGUCUAGGGUGUCUAUGGCGCGUCAAACUAAUCCCCUCUGGGCUGGCUCAUGCUGUGCCAAAAGAUGAGAUAUCGAAGAUAGUAGCAGUGCUGCUCCGACGGACGGACGGGAAAGAAACUAUCUACAGCAUAUUAGAUCAGUUGGUGUCCAGCCCAGCCGCUUAUUUAGUUCAACUGUCCAAAGUGUUUGACGAAAUUAAUGCGGUGUACAGAAAAUGGGCCGACCAAGAAGUAGCUCGAAACACCGCAGGGGAGGCCGGAGCCCCCACUGCACAUAUACCCGUGCUCAUUACACAAGAACACAUGUGCACGCUGCUGCAGCCACACAACAACUUGGUGCAGGUGGUGACAGCAUACUUAGCUUCCCUAGCCCGCCACAACAUAACGGUCCAGCAUACAUGCGCGGCGCUCUGCGUACGCGCACUGGUAACAGGCGGUGCGGCAUCUCGUCUACGAGCGUUGGCUCGACGCGGCGCGCUCGCCGACGCCAGGCCGCUGGCGUGCCAGUUGCUGGCGUUGGGCGGGAAGCAUAGCCACCACGCGCAGCUGGCGCUGGAUAUGAUGUGGAGACUGGAUGCCGUUCAGGAAAUAGAAGAGGUCUUGCUAAGCUGGAACGAGCCCGUGUCCGCCAUCGGCGCGGCGAAGCAAGCUGGGGCCCACGUGUGGCACGCCAUACCCGCUCGGAAACUGCUGCAGGCCGCCAAACAGUGCGCGGAGCAGAACGGCGACCCGGGCGCUUUCGCAGCUGUGUAUAGGGCGCUACAGGCGAGAAACGACAGGAUAAGAGGGGCGCCGCAUUUUCUGAAAGGCGAACAAUGCGACGCGUACGUGGAAUACUACAAGCAGAUAAUGUCGGAAUGAAAAAAAUACCUGUUUCACUUAAACAUCGAAAUGCCUAACAGGUUUUCAAAAAGCGUCCAAGACCAGACUUUAAGCUAAACAUUGAUAGAUUUUAGAAGAGGCGUGGUGAAUGAAUCGUGUCUUCAAAUUUGAUUGCUGAACUAUGUGGCGCUGUUUUGUGGUAACUGAACUGUUAAAAGUCAACCUUUGACAAUCGAAGUUUGCACAUAACGCACGUGGCCGUACAGCGACAUCUACUUCAGCUGUCAAACGCGAAGCGUUAAUUUUUCUUAAUUUUUAGAUUUCUACUUCCUAUAGUACCUACCUACCUAUUAGAGCCACUUGCGCUAUCCCGGGUUAGCCACUAAGUCAGGGUUAACCGGUUAAACCCGGAGUUGCCAGUACAAUUAAACCCUGUGUUAACGGUUAACUACGAGUUAGGCCUCAUCGCACGAGCACUUGUACAACGCGCGGUAAAAAAGCGUUUGAAUGAUACAAAUGGAUACAUGUGUAUUUAUUCACACGAUGGCGGUGGCGCUUUUUAUCAAGCGUUGUUGGAUUUUCAACUUUAAGCGUUGGUCGUUAAAUAGAAUUUAGCGUGCGGACGAAUUCAAGCGCUUUUUUAACGCGCGUUGACGGAGCGCUCGUUAGUAUGAGGCCUUAGUGGCUAACCUUGGAUGGUGUAAGUGGCCCUUUAUAACUCUUCUAUAAACCUAUUGGGUUAGCUAAUCUUGUCUAGGAGAAAAACACCCAUUGAUGACACAAAAAAAAUACCAAUGCACCCAGUUGGCGCACGAUUUUCAGCACUAUUGCUUUCAGAUAAAGUUGAACGUGCCAAUCUGCCAACAAUUGGGGGGGUGAUGACUGAUGAUAAUAGGUAAAGUUGGAUGUUGGGGCUCCAACUGGUUGGCCAAGAUGUUUUUAUGGUUUGUAUGGACUUAUUCCUUCCUAAUAUUAUGCAAAUAAAAUAAAUAGAUCUGUGAUCAUUCGAGUGAGUUCACGCACAAUAAAUUUGAAUUGAGCAACUUGAGACCUUAAAAUUUAAAUCUACCAAAUGUUAGUGGCCUCGACUAUUCUGUCCUGUUUAUAAAGGUAGUGUGAACUCAACAUUUCUGUAUUUUGGUAGUAAGUAGAUAUUUUAUUAAAUUUUUUAUUAUUGUAGUCAAGGAAUUUAAUGGUUUUAUUUAAUGUUAACAAACAUCAUAU